GGCGAACUCAUUGUAGAACCACUGCAUAGUAAAGCUUCACAGCAAGCGCUGAUCCACGAGAGAACAGCAACCCGCAGAAUCCGCAGAUCAUGGACGGUAGAUGUCAAUGUGGCCAGAUCCGCUUCACCACGCCCACGGCCAACCCCAUCGCCAUCUACAUAUGCCAUUGCACCGAAUGUCGGCACCAGUCAUCGUCCACAUACGGCAUGACAGCCCUGUUCCCAUCCUUUGAGAUCGAGCCGCCUUAUCCUGGCGCCAUUGCCAUUCACAGCCGUCCAAACCCGCAUGGACGAACAGACGGGUACUUUUGCACAAAGUGCGGGUCGCGGCUGAUUCAUCGUCCCGUGUCACGUUCGGGAGAACCCGCCAAGGUCAUCAGCGUCAAGUCGGGCUGUUUGGACGGUAUGACUAGGGACAUGUUGCGGACCGCCGUGCAUAUCUGGACCAAGUCGGCCGUUGUUGAUAUACCGGCCGGGGCGGAGCAGUAUGAGGAAGAGCCGCCGGGCGGGAGUUUUAGCGAGGAGUGAGUGAUCCGAAACCCAGGUAGUCUAUCGCAUCGGUUGCGCUCGAAGUCUUCUUCGGGAUUAGAUGUAGGAUUGCCAUUUGGGUACCUUAUCUGUGGAUCGAGGCACAUGCAGUUUGAGUGCAGCUGGGCACCACUGCAAGCACUUGGCCUGCUUUCUCGAGCGCCUGGGUGGACAGAUGGUUUCCUGCAGCUGAAGGCCAGAAAUGGUUGUCUGAGCCAUGAGGGUCUCAUUUCCUGUGAGUCGUCCAUCCAAAAAGAUUGCCAUUAAGGCGCCGGGCCAUGGAACAGUCGAGGUAUCUCAACUUUGCCUGGUUCUUGGGCGAUAAUGGAUGGACCCGUGCCGGUCGUAAUGGUAUUUCCUUCCUCAACUGUUGUCGCUCCGUCGUGAUGGUGCUCGUGCUCGUACGCCUUCUCGUCGUCGCUUUUGCGGUCGCAGCACCAGCAGCAUAUGAGCAUCCACCAGCUGAUAAGCUCCAUAGUCAGCGGAAGCUUUUCUCAGGGCGUUGUUUGUGCUUUUCAUCCACUAGUCGAUGGCCUUGCGAACAACUGCUCUGUGGUCAAUAGAAGAGUCAAGAAUUGAGGAUCAUCCGGACGAUAGAAGAUAAAGUUCGCGGCCUCCAAGUAUAAUGUUGUUUCGAAGAAAUGGUCGAACGAUCGAUGUUUGGGACACCUCCUCGUCUAAUGCACGGUCGGAGGUGGCUGUGUCGGGCAUCUGAAACACAGAAGGAUUCAGCAAUGCUUUCAGGGCAAAACGAUAAGGCAUUCUCAAAAAUCGAAUAGAAAUAUCCUCAUGCCAGAAGGACUUGAAUUAUUAUGACUCUAUCCCG